GCGACAAUCUUAUAUUAGUGAAGCGCAUCGCUGAAUAACACAAAUCAACACCUGGUCUGACCUCAAUCCGAUACUGCAUCUGCAACAGCGCAACAGGGAACUGGCUGGCGAGCACAUUGCGACAUUACAACCGUGCCAUAUCUACAAUACGCCUCUCCUUGGUAUUCCUUCUUCGACAAACACCAUAUCUCUCGGCGCGCGGAUAACAAGGCACAACAAAUUCCACACAAUACACAAUGGGUCUCAUGGAGAAGCUGCAAGCUCGCCUCGAGCUGUACCGCCUCGAACAGCGUUACACACGCCGUGAGAAACGCACUACUUUUAUCAGCGAAGCCCAAUACGUCGACGGCGAAUAUGUCUAUGCCUCAUCGCCUUCUUCAGCAAACUCAUCCACCACCACAAGUAGCAAGCGCUUCAGCAAGAUGCCUGCUAUACGGAUAAAGGAGCUUGGCCGUAUGGGCACAGGACGAUCGUAAAUAUUCUCUCGGAUUCAGCUGCUCAUUGCGCUCCUACAUGGUCGACGAUGAUAGACGAAUGUUUGCCCGCCCGGUCAGGCCGACAGAAACAACAGCAUCACAGUCCGAUUGAGGAAGAACGUGCGACGAAACAAACCUCACACAGUACUGGAGCACACCAUGUACUCAUGCCGUGAAGGAGUCGCACAUGAAUACAUACGCCAUGUGCAGAGACAGGAGACGACACGCCUCGCAACACCAGCGGGUGGAAGAUGUAAUAACGCAACGAAAUUAACGCCAAAACAACUAUCGACGAAGGACGGGAA